AUGCCAGACACACUCCCUAGAAAGUGUGUAACCAACCCUAAGGAGACAUGCAAUGUCACCUUCUCUGAGGAUGAAAUCUGCGAAGAAAGUAUGGAAUGGUCCCUCCAAGAGGAAGAAUCUGAUGAUGCUAUGGAUGUUUAUGAGAUCCUCUCUACUGAGAAGAAUGAGGAAAUUCAACCUGAAGGCUCUGCUUUAACCGACAAAAAGAUCAACUUUGAAGAAGCAUUUCAUGUGGUUCAUAAGAUGAUGAAUGAACUCUUAGUACCACUCCAGAGGAGGGCUGUCUCACCUAGAGACACCGUAACACUCACAAAUGUGGAUACCAGGGUUACCUAUGACAUAACAACUACUCCAUCAGCGAAGAAGAAGGUCAAGGCUGCCACAUAUGACUAUGGGGAUCCGCUUACCGGCUCUACUCAGGAUAAGGGGAAGGGCUCUGUUGGAAAGAGGAAAGGAAAUCCCCCUGCUAGAGAUACAAGCUCCUCAUAG